UGAUUUUGCAUGCUCUAGGAGAGAUGGGGAAAUCGCAGAAAACCAAGAAGCCAUUAUGUUACCAAGGAUCAAUCUUCCAUCGGGUUACAAAGGGCUACGUGGCACAAGGUGGUAACGGCUCAAGCAGAGACGGUUCAGGUGGUGAAAGUAUUUAUGGCGGCGAGUUCACAGAGAAAAAUUGUGUCCGGCAUAAUAAGAGAGGUCUAUUGACAACGACUGGUACACAUAUCCGCUCACAGUUCCAGAUUCUGUUCGAGCCUAAUGCGCGCUACGACAGGAAUUGCACCGUUUUCGGAAACCUUGUCAGUGGAUAUGAUGUUUUGAGGAGUAUCGAGGAUGUUCCUGUUCAUGGACCUUCCUCAACUCCUGAUAUUCCAAUAAUAAUAGUUGAUUGUGGAGAACUGGUUUCCAAAAAAGUACUUGCUGACAGAGUAGAACAUGAACAAAAGUGGGCCACUAACUCAUAUAGCUCAAGUGAGAGCAGCAUAGACAGAAAGCAUAGGAAGCGGCGCAGGUUGGUACCUAAUGAUGGUAUAACUGAAGACAGACCCAAGGACCAUAAUGGGCAGUCAUAUCAAGUUUCUGAACUCGAAAAGAAUGUGGAUAUAGCGCCUGCUAACAACUCAAUGAGCAAGCGCCCCGGCACAAGCCCACAUUCAGUUAUAAGACCAAACGGGCCAACAAACGGGAGUCCUCGCCAUGGUCGCAGUAGAAGCCCUAUCCACGCUCAGAAAAGAAGAGGAGCACAAUCUCAGGCUGCCCCAUCUAUGGAGAUCGAGGGAAGGGGAUUUGGAUACAGCAGCAGCCCUACACGCAGUUGUUCACCCCCACCUGUUGAGAAACCAAGGUCCCAUCGCGAUCACUCACUAUCCAUGCCCAGAAGUUGCUUCUUCAGGUCAAGAUUAGCGGAGUAGGAUGCUUGGAACAUGUACAAUACAACACAAGCCUUAGCGACUCGGUCACAAACAAGCCUUAGUGACUUGGUCACAACGUUGUUGGAACUACCUUGCUACUGAGAUCCUAAACUGACAGGAUGCGCAUGUUGGAACGUUGGAACACUGGAUUAGCGGAGUAGGCUUGACUGAGAUGCCACUGCAGUCACUGAUUCUUCUGUGGGCCAUGAACUCAAAC